UCCGGGACCCGAAUGGGAUAUGGUGCUGUCUGAGCUGGCGGCGCGCCUCAACUGCGCUGAAUACAAGAACUGGGUGAAGGCGGGCCACUGCCUGCUGCUGCUGCGCGGCAGCCUGCAAGGCUUUGUCGGCCGCGAGGUGCUCUCCUUCCACCGCAGCCUGCUCGCCGCCGCCCCCGGCCUGGGCCCCCGCGCCUCCUGCCGCGGCGGCUCCCGGUGCAGCCCGCGUGCCCGCCAGUUUCAGCCUCAGUGUCAGGUGUGUGCAGAAUGGAAAAGGGAGAUUUUGAGCCAUCACACCAACAGAAAUGGAGACGUCCACUGGGGAAACUGCCGGCCGGGACUCUGGCCCGUCGACGCCUGGGAAGUGGCCAAGGCCUUCAUGCCCCGAGGACUGGCAGACAAAAGAGGACCUGAGGAAUGUGAUGCCGUAGCUCUUUUAAGUCUCAUCAAUUCCUGCGAUCACUUCAUUGUUGAUCGAAAGAAAGUCACAGAGGUGAUUAAGUGUCGUAAUGAGAUCAUGCACUCUUCAGAGAUGAAAGUAUCUUCUGCGUGGCUUCGAGAUUUUCAGAUGAAGAUCCAGAAUUUUCUGAAUGAAUUCAGGAAUAUCCCAGAGAUUGUGGCGGUAUACUCUAGAAUAGAACAGCUGUUGACAUCUGACUGGGCUGUUCAUAUUCCUGAGGAAGAUCAACGAGAUGGGUGUGAAUAUGAAGCAGGAAUUUACCUGAGUGAAAGCCAAGUAAAUGAAAUAGAAAUGGAAUUACUAAAGGAAAAACUUCAAGAGAUUUAUCUUCAAGCAGAAGAGCAAGAGGUGUUGCCUGAAGAGACUUCGACAAGACUGGAAAUGGUGAAGGAAUUUCUGAGAAACAAUGAAGAUCUUAGAAAUAGUCUUACAGAAGAGAUGCAGAAGCUAGACAGCCUCCACCUCCAGCAUCAGAAACGGGACUCAAAGGAGCCUAGUGGGGAGAUGCCUAAAGAGAGGGCCUGAGGUUGUCGUUUGACAAAAAAUCAGGCAUGUUCUGUGACAGCCAGCACAGCUUCCAUCUCAGCCAUCCUUUCCUGGGCCAGAGGAAAAACGUACGAGAGUAUUCACACAAACAGUCUUUCCCUGGACUUUCCUUUGGUGCUUUGGGAGUGUUUGUUUUAAAAUAUUUAUAAGCUUGGAGUUGUAUAAUCUACACUGAUUAAAAAAAAAAGUAUUAGAUACUCUUGGGCCAAAACUUGCUACUAUCCAGGAAUUUUUUUUUUUCUAUUUAAAAGAUGAGA